GAACCAUCGCUGCACAGGAAGUAGCGGCUGCGGGGAGCAGCGGCGGCGACAGCUGGGGCUGCCGCACUCAAUGAGCGAGGCUCCCGCAGCCGCCCGCCCCGCUCGCCCCUUCCCCGCCUCCCGAGGGCAGCGGCGCCGAGCCAGCCCGCCGCCGCCGCCGGGGUGGCACCGCGGACAGCAGCAGGCGGAGGCGGGCAAGGCCGCCCGCUCCGGGGCUGAAGGCUGAGGCGGACAGAGGCAGCUCCGGCUCUUCCCGAGGAGGCGGCGGCGGGGACUGCAGGCAAAUGAGAAAGCAAAUCUCUUGAAACAUAAGCAGAGGUACUUCCCUGGAGGGAGGAGAUGAGGAUUCUCCUGUUACUCUGAGUGUUGCCAGGUGCCAGAACUGCUCCCCAGUGGUGGACAAUUAUUUUGAGUGACGGCCCUUGCACGCGCCUCUGAGUGGUUAUCAUGGGCUUCAUUGCCUUUCUGAAGACCCAGUCCAUAGUUCACCUCCUCAUUGGGUUUGUCUUUGUCGUGAGUGGACUGAUCAUUAACUUCAUUCAACUAUGCACACUAGUCCUCUGGCCCAUAAACAAGCAGUUUUAUCGCCGAGUAAACUGUCGCCUUGCCUAUUCGCUUUGGAGCCAGUUGGUAAUGCUGCUGGAAUGGUGGUCAGGCACAGAGUGCACCUUGUUCUCAGACGAGGCCACGGUGAACACCUUUGGGAAAGAACACGUCAUCAUCAUCUUGAAUCACAACUUCGAAAUCGACUUCUUGUGUGGCUGGACUAUGACAGAGCGCUUUGGAGUGCUAGGGAGUUCCAAAGUUCUUGCUAAGAAAGAGCUACUAUAUGUGCCCCUAAUUGGCUGGACGUGGUACUUCCUUGAGAUUGUUUUCUGCAAAAGGAAAUGGGAAGAAGACAGAGAUACAGUUAUUGCAGGAUUAAAACGUUUGGCUGAUUAUCCUGAAUAUAUGUGGUUUCUCCUGUACUGUGAAGGAACUCGUUUUACAGAGACCAAGCAUCGUAUCAGCAUGGAGGUGGCUGAAUCCAAGGGGUUGCCUAAACUGAAAUACCACCUGUUGCCCAGAACCAAAGGUUUCACCACUGCUGUCCAGUGUCUCAGGGGAACAGUUUCAGCAGUGUAUGAUGUAACACUAAAUUUCAGAGGAAACAAGAACCCAUCCCUAUUAGGAAUCCUUUAUGGAAAGAAAUAUGAAGCAGAUAUGUGUGUAAGGAGAUUUCCUCUGGAAGAUAUCCCUCAAGAUGAAAAGGAAGCUGCAAACUGGCUUCAUAAGCUUUAUCAGGAAAAGGAUGCUUUGCAAGAGAUGUAUAAUCAGGAAGGCAAAUUUCCUGGCCAGCAGUUUAAACCUCGUAGGAGACCAUGGACUCUCCUCAACUUUCUUUUUUGGGCCACAGUUCUCCUCUCUCCUCUCUUCACGUUUGGCUUUGGAGUUUUUGCAAGUGGAUCACCUCUCCUUAUCCUUGCAUUCCUGGGAUUUGUUGGAGCAGCUUCCUUUGGAGUACGUAGACUGAUAGGAGUAACUGAAAUAGAAAAAGGCUCCAGCUACGGCAACCAGGAAUUCAAGAAAAAGGAAUAACUGACAGCUGCAGUUCAGCACAUAUAAACAGACUAUGGUAUCUGAUUAACUUCAGUUAAAAAAACAACAACAAACACUUAGAAACUAUCUUUUUCUUAAUAACUGAUGACUAAUAUUAAUGAAUAAAACUUGAGCCAAGAAAGAAGAAGUUGGAGGCAUCAACUGAAGCGAAUGCAUCAACUUUCUGCCUGUUUAAGGAUUACUAUAGUCAAACUAUGGGAGAAAAUCUGGGGUGGGGUGGCAGAAGAAACUAAUUUUUCUUGCUUUGUUGGGGGAUUUUGAGGGUGGGGAGAUGAAAGAAGGCAUUGGCCAUGGCCACAUGCAUCUUCAGAUGACUGAAUACACUGGUUUCUGUCAAGAGCACUACACUCACUUUUACAACAGGAGCCAUUGAAUGUUUCCUCUUGCUAAAGCCAACGUAAUGUUUGUUGAUUUCCAACCUUUUUUAUUAAUGAGCCAGGAAAAAACAACCCUUCUUAAAUUAAUCGACAGAUGUUCGCUGUCUUAGAGUAAUUUUUGAUAGGCUGUGUUGUCAUGGCUACAGAUGAAAUCCUAUUUGUAUGUUACACUGAUACUUUUUAUUUUCAGGCAUCGUCUUAAAACUUCUGUAAUGUGAGAGAACAGAUAGUGGAGUUUGGAAGCAGUGUGUUAUUGAUCAGCACAUGCCAUAGAACGGAUCCACUAGUAUUAAAACAGUAUAAAAUUCUCAUCAUAUCUCCUGCUAACUGCUCAAGGCUGUUUAAUUUCACAAUAUUACUUCAGUCUUGAGUGUUGUUUGCCCUGUUUCACAUCAUACAUGUAUGAUAAUCUUGAAUCUGUUUGGGUUUGUUUUGUUUUUUGAAUUACUGGUGACUGUAGGAUUUGGAGUUAUGCAAAGAAGGAAAUUUAUUCAAUUGUCCUGAUGUUUUCUCCUUUUAUUCCUGUUUGCAUCUUCCACCACUGAAGUCCAGUUCAGCCAGCUUCUCUUGGUGAACUGGGAGGCAGCAGCAGAAAUCAGCACAAUAUUUUUCAAAAUGUCUUCUUUUACAAAAAAUUGAAAAAGGAGAAGUCUGUAGCAAUCAGCUUUCAAAUACUGGCAUUUAAGUUUCGACAUUGAUUCAGAUAGAGCCAGGAUCUUACCCUAGGCUGUAAGGACAGGGUGUGCUACACUUUCUACUUGAUUGUGCUUUAGAUGUUGAUGUGAAAUAUAUUGCAAGGUGAGCUGUGCUGUUAAGCGUUAGAAGGAGUAUUGGGUUCCUUCAGGGUUUUAAAAUAUCUUUAGUUUUGCUUGUUGACCUUUGUUUAUUUUCUUUUUUUUUUUUUUCUUUUUUUUUUCCACUGAAAAUUAGAGAUCAGAAUCAUGGCUGUACCUGUCUCUCUUUUUUGCUUUCUCUUUUUUACAAAUGCACGUUCUGAGAUUAUUGCAGAUGGCUGCUGUGUGCAUAGCUGGAGAAUUAUUUGUAACAGAUGGGAACUACCUGUAUGUUCAAGUCUGAAGGCCGCAAUCUGCAUUUGGCUGGGCUCACAAGUUGCAGAUCUACAGCUGAGGGCAGAAGCUGACCCUCAGGGUCUGUAUUAUUAACCCAGCUGCCACUAGAAUAUUUAUCUCCCUUUUGUAAAGAGCAGAUCUUAUCAAAGCACUCGUCGUUAUUUUCAUCUUUGCUCUAGUAACCAAGAUAGGAGAGUAAUAAUUUACCUUCUUUUAAUAUUUUCUCUAACAGUUGGGUUGUAACCUCUUCUCCCACAGGUUUUUCUGGUUUCAAACACUGGAAGAGCAAUUUUGUAACUUAGAAAAUAUUUUGCUUGGGGUCAUUAAUCACUGUUCUGUCAUGCACUUGAUUUUUAUUUGUGGUCUUUUCAAUAAGAGCAUUUGAAGGAUGACCUACAUUGUCUGUCUUCUGGUAGACUCAUCGUCACUGGAUCAUUGUACCUGUAGCCCCAGCAUUAGUUUGUGAUCUUUGUCCCUCAAUAAAUCUUCCCUAAGACAGGAUCCAAAACUGUUGUUAAUGUUAGCGGAAUUUGGAAUAUACUUUGGGAAUUCAGAAGAACAGAGCCUAGCUGUGACUCUGUUUUCCUUGCUGGAUGUUUUUGUACUUUGUCUUUAAAUAUGGUCAGACUUCCAAAUGCUGAUAAAGAUAACUCUCAGACUUUUCCCUGUUUUUUAGCCAGAAGACUAAAAGCAGUAAGCUUCUCUUUCUUUUCCUUUCUCUUCUUCUUUUUAUUUCCUUAAGUAAUUCAGUAAUAGAUCUAAUUCUUGCUUGUUAGAAAGAUGUUACAAAUGCUGUAUACUUGCUUCCUGAACAUGAUAUUGAGUAUAUAUAAAUUGUACUGGCUUAGCAGAGUGAGGCUUGCAAAGCAGGCCGACCACUGUUUUAUAUUUACAUUUUGAGCAGUAUAUUAAUGGGCAUGACAAGAAUUUCACAAAAUAAAUCCCUUCUUAAUGCUGAGAAGAGGGGAGAUACUUAAAGGAGAAGGGAAUGAAGAGCCUUUCUCUUUAUGGGAUCCUUUUCUCCUCUUAGUGCAUGUAACUCCCUGUUAGGCAUCAUGGGAUUAGUGCAUGUACAUCGAGGGGAGAAUAAUCAACAUUUCAUAUUUUCUUAUCAUAACUCACUGGUCAUGCUUUCUUUUUGAAAAUAUAAUAAAUACAUCAUCAGUUACUUAAAUUUUGCUCUUCUAAGCAGACAUAUCAGUAACCAUUUGGAAAAUAUUCAGCAAUGCACAAAACACUACACAACCAACACAAAUCUCUUCAUUUUGAAUUUUAUCUACUCAAAUAGGGGUUUUUAUACACACACACGCACACAUUCACAGAGUCUGUAUAAAUUAAAAUGACUGGAAAUAGCUGAAGUUAAUGUCACUAAUGAAGAUUAGCAGGUGACUUGGAUUUGAGAAGUGAGCAUAGAUUUUAUAUCUUAUUUUCUUCUGGUUUAAUAGAACAUAGCUUGUAUAUUUGAUGACCAAGCCCUUUAAAAGCAAUAAUAAACAAAAAUAUAUCAUGUUUUUCGUCUUUUGCUUUUCAACCAUGCUAGGUUUAAUAAACUUAAAGCUAUUGGAGUGUUUUCUCUCUCCACCUUUCAGAA